AUGGAACCUGAUGCGCUUCUGGACAUGCUGAGAGAAAGAUACAGGGUCGAAAGGGCCCCUGACGGUACGUACCUCGUCUCAAACGGAGGCAAGACUGUUAGGAUCUAUGAAUCUAAAGCCUUCAGCCAGCCUGACGUGGAUGGCCUUCUUGACAGACUAGGCCCCCCAGAAGGAGACUUCGGACACGUUGGAAGAGACGACCUGUUUCCAGACAUGAGGGGGAUAAGUGUGGCGAAAACAAGAAGACGACACCCCAGGGGAUCACUUGUGGACCCAAGCAUCUUUCGCUCUCCGCCCAAACAUUCCGAGGAGGACGAAGACUCCAACCCCCUGAUCAACAUAGAUCCAAUAACGCCUUCAAGAAACAGGAAAGACAGCUUUGAGCCAGACCCAGACCAUUACAAACCAGACAGGAGCUCUCGGUUUCCUCCCCAUUAA